UACCUGCAACAGCAACGAGUUUGCGUGCGCGAAGAGUGGCAAAUGUAUCCAAUUGUCGUGGGUGAACGAUGGCGUGGCCGAUUGCGGUCCAGAUGACUCUUCGGACGAGAUGGCAGAAUAUCCGCUUGAUGAAAAAUGUCCAGAAUUUGACUGCAAGAAUGGCAAGUGUCGUCCCUUUUCUGACGUGUGCGAUGGCGUAGAUCAAUGCGGCGACAAUUCCGACGAACGCGGUUGUGAGUUCGAGUGUGGCCGCGAUGAGCAUUAUUGCGCACCUAUUGGCUGUUAUGGCGAACUGCACAUGUGCGACGGUGUCCAUGACUGUUUCGAUGCCAGCGAUGAAGCUAAUUGCAAUGAGACAAAGAGCGAUAACCAUCCAGUGGAUCUGGGUGAGGCACACGUUUGUGGGCCCUUUGAAUUCGGUUGCAACGACCCGUUCGAGUGCAUACCGGAGUUUCUGCGCUGUGACGGCAUUGCCCACUGCUUUGAUAAAUCCGACGAGCUUAACUGCACGACGCUGCAUCCCUCCAAAGUGGACUUCAAUGAGACAUUGCUUUCGUGUGAGGUACCAGAUCGGCUUUGCGCGGUGUCGAAUAAGUGCAUCAACGUACACCAACUGUGCGACGGUAACAUUGACUGCGAGGACACGACCGAUGAGGGAUUUCUCUGUGCCGACAAAAUGUGCGACAAAACCAAUGAGUGCUCGCACUACUGCCACAAUGCGCCCGAGGGUUUUGUGUGCUCGUGCCCGCCGCACAUGUACUUACAGCCGAAUGGGCGUCGUUGCAGCAUGCAGCAUGCCUGUGAGCACUGGGACACUUGCUCGCAAAUUUGUAAAACUGUCGGCAAGGUGUACGAGUGCAAGUGCCACGAAGGCUAUGCGCUGGAGUACGACCGCUUCAGCUGCAAGAGCACCGCUUCCGACGACCCUUAUGUGAUAUUUACCAAUCGGCAGGAAAUUCGUGGUGUCAACUUGAAAAAGUCUGUGGUCAGUAACUUUUAUACGUCGUUGCGCAACACGAUCGCUUUAGAUUUCCUGUACAACAAUGAGUCGGUGCAGAUUUUUUGGACAGAUGUGAUCGACGAUAAAAUAUAUCGAGGCUAUUUGGUGGGCGAGAGUCUGCGCAAAGUGGAGGCGGUUGUGCACUCGGGCCUGUCGACUACGGAGGGCUUGGCGGUGGAUUGGAUCGGCAUGAAUUUGUAUUGGGUUGACUCAAAUCUGGAUCAGAUCGAGGUGGCCAAGCUGAAUGGCAGUUUUCGCCGAACGCUAGUUGCCGGCGAUAUGGAGAGUCCGCGCGCUAUUGCGCUCGACCCUCGUGAAGGCUUACUUUUCUGGACCGACUGGGAUGAUAAUUUUCCACGCAUCGAGCGCUGCUCCAUGGCUGGUGAACAACGGCGAACUAUCUCGACCACUUCGCAGGUGUCGGCCGGUUGGCCAAACGGUCUGACCCUGGAUUACACACAGAAGCGCGUGUAUUGGGUGGAUGCUAAGUCAGACUCGAUAUCGACCAUUAAAUAUGACGGCUCCGACCAUCAUUUAGUGGUGCGCGAUAAGGACAUAUUAUCGCAUCCCUUCGCGAUAUCCGUAUUCGAAAACUACGUUUACUGGACAGACUGGCGAACUACGUCUGUCAUACGGGCCAACAAAUGGAAUGGCUCCAACAUACAGGUAAUACAACGCACGCAAACGCAGCCAUUUGGCAUACAAGUGCUGCACUCGAGCCGACAGCCCCAGGCCGAGAAUCCAUGUGGGAAGAACAAUGGCGGCUGUUCGCAUUUGUGUUUGCUUACCGUAAAAAAGGGUUACAAAUGUGAGUGCCCACAUAUUAUGCGUCUGGAUCCGACAGACCAACGUACUUGCGUGCCCAAUGAACAGGUGCUGCUCUUCAUAAUGGGCGACGAGAUACGUGGCAUUGAUUUGAUGCAACCCAACCAUCACACCAUACCCACUAUAAGGCAAUCACCGCAGGUGCUGGCGCCGCAACGCAUUGACUUCACCGUAGACGAUAGCCGCAUCUACUGGUCAGAUAUACAGUUAAAUGAGAUAAAAACGGCUGGUAUAUCCAAUGGACUCAUCGAGACCAUCAUAAACACGGACAUACAGAAGCCGUAUGGUUUCGCGAUAGACUGGAUAGCGCGGCACAUGUACUUUUCGACUGGCAAGACAAAAUGCCAAAUAUUGGCAAGCAAUUUGAGAGGGGAGUUCGUCACUGAAAUACACAGAGACCUCAAUCUGGUGGAGAGUAUUGCUUUGGAUCCCGCGAACGGUAAAAUGUAUUGGAUACAUUCGGAACGCGACUCAAAACUGUGGCUAAUUGAGCAGAGUAAUUUGGAUGGAUCAUCGCGUAGCAUUGUUUUCCAGCAGAACAAGACAUUGCUGAGCUUAACGAUGGACUUUGACUCGCAGCGCUUAUACUACGUCUACGACAAUUCUGGCAUUGCCUAUUAUGACAUUGUGCGCAGAAGCGUAGUUGAAGCGCUACCCUCAAGUGAUGUGAUGACUAUAAGCUCGGUGACGGUCUACAAUGGUUCCUUGUACUUUCCGGAAAACAUACAAAGCGUGAUUAUGAGCUGCGAAAAGGAUUCUUGCCAAAACUUGAUCAAUCUGCGCAAAAAUACUAAGAGUAUUCAAUCGCUGAAGAUGUUCUACUCGGAGGCCCAGACCGGCACGAACACAUGCGCCGGCCCGGGGCGUGGCGGCUGUGAACACCUCUGCUUGGCUGUCUCAGCCACGGAACAUGUCUGUCGUUGUGCCAUUGGGUAUGAAAUACUCAAUACGAAUAUUACUCGCUGCGUAGGCAAAGAAGAAUUCAUUUUCUACUCUAAUCACGAACUCAAAGGCAUUGACCUCUAUGAUGCCAACAGACCGGACGAAAAUCUGGAAGAACGACCGGCACUUGGACCCAUCUCACGUAUCUCACUGGCCACAUAUAUCGACUAUCUCGCCGCCGGCGACUACUUAUAUUGGGGCGACAAUGAGCGCGGCACCAUCUCGCGCAUCAAACGCGAUGGCACACAGCGCAUGGACAUACUACCCGCCAUGGACACAAUUGACCCUAAGCAGCAAGACUGGCUUGGAGGCAUUGCCGUCGACUGGGUGGCAGGAAAUAUUUACUGGAGUGAUAUGAAACGCAAUCUGAUCGAGGUUGCACGUCUCGACGGCGCUCACCGGCACGUCGUAGUUUCCAACGUAGAGUCACCCACAGCGCUGGCAGUCGAUCCAGUGCAGGGCUUGCUAUUCUAUGUGGGUAAUGGCAUAAUAGGACGUACGGGUUUAGAUGGAAGCCAAUCGUUUAUACUGGUCAAUCAGACGGGCACCGUUAGCAAUCUCAUUUUGGACAUCGAAGCGACGAAGGUGUAUUGGUGUGACAGCGGUGCUAACAGCAUCAUGAAGGUGGACUACGACGGCAACUUGAAGACUCCGCUGCUCAAUCGCAGUCUCGAUAACCCGGUGGCGCUGGCCAAACUCGACGACUACCUCUACUGGGCGGACAAUAAUAACAAUAAGGGCAGCAUAAAGGUUGCACCAAUUACCAAUUUGUCGAACUAUAAGGAAAUACUUAAGUCGGAGGGUAAUUCAUUGAAAGAUUUGAAAGUAUUUUCGCAUCGAGUGCAGAAAGGCAUCAACAUUUGUACCGAAAACAAUGGCGGCUGCGAGCACCUGUGCCUCUUCAAUGGCACUAGCGCCAUUUGCGCGUGUUCGCAUAGUCGGGUUGCAGCUGAUGGCAGUUCCUGCGAGCCAUAUGACAACUUCAUACUUUUCUCUUAUCGCAGCACCAUCGAAAGUAUUCAUAUGACCGAUCAUACGAACAAAAAUGGACCGAUACAUGCGGUACACAAUACGACUUUCAUGAGGAAUGUAAUCGCGUUGAGUUACGAUUACGAGAAUAGUAUUAUAUUCUACUCCGAUGUACAGAUGAGCACAAUCAAUUCGGUGCAAUUUAACGGUAGUCGUAAUCAGGUGCUUGUCAACCAUCAGGGACGUGUUGAGGGUCUCACGUACGACAUUGUGAAUAAGAUGCUGUUUUGGACCUCGAAUAACGAUGCGUCUAUACGUAGCUUGGAGCUUCAGUAUGUUUCGGAGAACGCCGAUAACAAUACUCAGUUCGUAAAGAGCCUUUUGAUGCUUAACUCGAAUGAUAAGCCACGCGGAAUCGCAGUAGAACCCUGCAUGGGCAUGAUAUAUUGGACGAAUUGGAACGAGGAGACGCCGUCUAUACAGCGCGCUUAUGUAACCGGUUAUGGCGUCGAGUCCAUAAUACGUACGGACGUAAAAAUGCCUAAUGCACUGACUCUGGACUUCGAAGAACAUAAACUGUACUGGGCGGACGCGCGUCUUGACAAAAUCGAACGGGCCAACUACGAUGGCACGCAUCGCACUGUGCUGGCGCAUUCUACACCGAAGCACGCCUUUUCGAUGGCCGUUUAUGGCGAUUUACUCUUCUGGACUGAUUGGGUACUGCACGCUGUGGUGCGGGCGAGCAAGUACUCAGGUGCGGAUGUGGUGUUUUUGCGCGAGAACAUCGAUCGACCAAUGGGUAUCAUCGCCGUCCAGAACACCACCAUCAAUUGUGACUCGAACCAAUGCAAGAUCUUGAAUGGCGGCUGUGAGGAUGUUUGUAUCCUGAGCAAAAACGGCACUGCGAGUUGUCAGUGCACGAGGGGCACACUGGCGCCAGACGGACGCCGCUGUCUAUUGUUGCCUAAUACGAGCUGUGGAAAAGAGCAAUUCUCUUGUGUCUCUGGCGAAUGCAUUCCAUUCGAGUUGACGUGCGACAACAUCACUCAUUGCCUCGACGGCUCCGAUGAGCUGCGUAGCUACUGCAUUAUACGCGAGUGUCCGGUGAACUUCUUCAUGUGCAACAACCACCGUUGCAUACCUCAGAAUCGAACAUGUGAUGGCAUACAUCAAUGUGGCGAUGGCUCCGACGAGUCGGAGUUGGUAUGCAAAUGCGAGCCCGACAAGUUUCGUUGCAACAGCGGCGAGUGUAUUUCCAAGCAGUUCGUUUGUGAUAAUGUGCGCGACUGCAAGGACUUCAGCGACGAGAAGCACUGUUCGCCUCGAGAAUGCCCCAGCGGAGAUGUUCUGUUCGAACACUGUGCCAACUCUACCGCUUGCUUCAUGCCGUCUUGGCGUUGUGACGGAGACAAUGAUUGUCCGGACGGCAGUGACGAAACGAAUUGCGAAAGCGUGCAUAAAGUCGCCUGUGGACCUGGUCAUUUCCAAUGCCCCAAUGGACGUUGUAUAAAUGAGAAAUGGCGGUGCGAUGGCGAGAAUGACUGCAAAGACGUGGUGGGUGCGUUGAGUGCCGAUGAAGUGGGUUGCCGUGUGCAAUGUCGCAAGAAUGAGUUCCACUGCGGCAAUAGCUGUAUACCAAGUAGUUGGCAGUGUGAUGGCAAGCCCGACUGCGACGACGGUUCAGAUGAGGGAACACAGUGCCCAAAUAGAGUUUGUCGACCACACUUUUUCCAGUGUAAAUCUUCAGGACGUUGCAUACCGCAGAAAUGGGUGUGCGAUGGUGAGCAUGACUGCCCGGCACCCGGGAGCGAGGACGAGGGCAAGCAUUGUGCAGCAGGAUCGGUGGCGCAUGAGCUGGAGUGUUUGCCACCGUCUUUCCUUUGUUCGAAUGGCGUAUGUCUGGAUCGGCGCUAUGUUUGCGACGGCGACCACGAUUGUCCGGACGGCGAUGAUGAGUAUGAAAAUUGCGAACCUUUUCCACAAGCGCAAGUUUGCGAUGGCGAUACUGAGUUCCAAUGCCACGACAUGCAAUGCAUUUCAAAGAAUCUCACAUGCGAUACCAAACCUGACUGUGUGGACGGCUCCGAUGAAGAUGCACAACUUUGCGCACACUCUCACAACUUGUGCCAGGGGCCUGGUGAUUUCCGGUGCAAAAAUGGCGCUUGCAUCUCCACAGAUUUGCUCUGCGAUGGGCGUAACGAUUGUGCGGACUUCACAGAUGAAGAGCUCUGCAAUGUGAACGAGUGUGUUAUACCGGAUCUGUGCGAGCACACCUGUGUGGAUAAGGUCAUCGGCUUCGAGUGCCAGUGCAAUCCGGGAUACAAAUUGCUUGCUUCCAAUCAUCACUUAUGCGACGACGUGGACGAGUGCCAUGAGCAGCAUCCCUGUUCGCAGAUCUGCGUCAAUACAUACGGAUCUUACAAGUGCCUUUGCGGCAAGGGCUAUGAGUUGGUGGACCACAAUACUUGCAAAGCAACAAGCAAUGAGACUGUGAAGUUCAUUUUUGCUAACCGCUACUACAUACGACAGGUGGACAUGCGCGGCAACGGAUCCAUACUCAUCCACCAGCUGUCGAACGUUGUGGCCUUGGACUUCGAUUGGGAAACCAAGUGCCUUUACUGGUCGGAUGUGACGUCUACGGUUGGUAUGAUAAAGCGUUACUGUCCCGCCGAAAAUAAAACAACCACAUUGCAUCAAGCGAUGGUGAAGAACCCCGAUGGCUUGGCCGUUGACUGGGUGGCCAAAAAUCUGUAUUGGUGUGACAAAGGUUUGGACACAAUUGAGGUCUCCAAGCUAGACGGUAAAUAUCGACGUGUGCUAAUCAACGAGAAUUUGCGAGAACCCCGUGGUGUUGCAUUGGACCCCUUCAAUCGGCAUAUCUUCUGGUCGGAUUGGGGAGACAACCCACACAUUGGGAAAGCCGGCAUGGAUGGCUCCGAUCCGCAUGUGAUCAUAAGAGAUAACUUGGGUUGGCCAAAUGCGCUUACCAUUUCCUUCGAAACCAACGAACUGUUUUGGGGCGAUGCGCGCGAAGACACUAUUUCCGUAUCCGAUUUAGAUGGUAAAAAUAUUCGUCUUUUGCUGGCGCGCAGUAUCAACCCGCAGCUAAACUUGCACCACAUUUUCGCAAUCGCCGUAUGGGAGGAUAAGAUCUACUGGUCCGACUGGGAGACAAAGUCCAUUGAAUACUGCAACAAAUACAAUGGCCAAAAUUGUUCAACACUUGUCACCAUCAUUCACCGACCGAUGGAUUUGCGCGUCUAUCAUCCGUACAGACAGCAGCAUCCGACGACACCCAACCCCUGCUUGACGGCCGGCUGCUCAACCCUGUGUCUGCUUGCACCGGAUGCACCCUAUUACAAGUGCGUUUGUCCAAAUAAUUUUGUGUUAGGCGAGGACGGAAAGUCCUGCCAUGCUAACUGCACCGCGGCACACUUUGAGUGCGCCAACACAUACAAGUGCAUUCCCUUCUACUGGAAGUGUGACACGCAGGACGACUGCGGAGAUGGCAGCGAUGAACCAGAAACAUGCCCAACCUUUCACUGCGAGCCAGGCCAAUACCAAUGUGACAACAAGAAAUGCAUUUACCCCUCGGCUAUUUGCGACAACGUCAAUAACUGCGGCGAUAAUUCGGAUGAGCGAAACUGCGAAAAAUUCACCUGCUUCGAGAACAACAUGAAAUGUGAAGCGUCGACAAACACAAGCGCCUUUUGCAUAAGCAACGGAAAGAAAUGCGAUGGUGUCACUGACUGUCCGAACGGAGAGGACGAGGCUGGCUGCACGCCACUCGUCUGCAACAAGGAGCAGUUCCAGUGUGGCAACAACCGUUGUAUGCCCUACGUGUGGGUAUGCGAUGGGGACGUCGACUGCCCGGACAAAUCGGACGAGGAAGGCUGUGACUUGGUCACAUGCGAGCCACAAGACUUCCAGUGCAAUUCUGGGCGCUGCAUUCCGAUGGCUUGGCGCUGUGAUGGCGAGAACGACUGCCCGAAUGGCGAGGAUGAGCCACCGACCUGCCAUUCUUCAAAGGAGAGCUGUGAUCCUACCUACUUCAAGUGCAAUAACUCUAAAUGCAUACCCGGCCGUUGGCGCUGCGACUAUGAGAACGACUGCGGCGAUGGCAGCGACGAGCUGAACUGCCAGAUGCGCAACUGUUCGGAGAGUGAAUUCCGUUGUGGCACCGGCAAGUGCAUCAAACACGACUAUCGGUGCGAUGGCGAGAUACAUUGUGACGACAGCAGCGACGAGAUCAACUGCAACAUUACGUGCAAGACGAAUCAGUUCAAGUGUGCGGCAUUUAAUACGUGUAUAAACAAGCAAUAUCAAUGCGAUGGAGACGAUGACUGUCCAGACGGCUCGGACGAGGUGAACUGCACAUGCCCAGCGAACUAUUUCACUUGCGCCAAUGGGAAAUGUAUAAUGUCCCGAUGGAAGUGCGAUGGCUGGGAUGACUGCACCGACGGCAGUGAUGAAAGUAUCGCCACAUGCGCGCACGAGCACUGCCACGCCAAUGCAUUCAAAUGUUCCAAUUUGAAAUGUAUACGCAAAUCGGCACUGUGUGAUGGAGUGAACGACUGUGAAAAUCAGGAGGAUGAAUCGGAUGAGGUAUGCGCCGCACUGCCAAAGUGUCGACACGACCAGUUCCAGUGCGAGAAUGAUGAUUGCAUUUCGAAGAGCUUCCGCUGCGAUGGACAAUACAAUUGCAUAGACGGCUCGGAUGAGAUGAAUUGCCAGCCACCGGUUUGCGGGUUCGGCACAUGCUCGCAGAUUUGCAUAGAAAAGAAAGCCGGGCACUACAAUUGCAAAUGCACGGAGGGCUAUCAGAAGGGACCGAAAAAGAACGACACAUGCUUGGCUGCAGGCCCCGAUCAAAUCCUUUUACUCGCUUCUGAGCAAGAGUUUCGUUUCAUUUUGCCGGCCAAACAGGAAGGCACCACGGUAGUGGGGUUCUUUCAAACGGAUAGCCUGAAAAUCGAUGUAUUCGACAUUCUCAUUAGACCCAAGGACACACUCCUCUUCUGGAUCGAUUCGCACCAUGGCAAAGUGCAUACAAUGAAAAUCGCCACACCACACGCCGAGACGGGAACGCGCAUGCGCAGAGAUUUAAAAGAGCUAACCGCUUUUAAUAUACCCGAUUUGAAUGAUCCCAAAUCUCUGGCUGUGGACUGGAUUACGCAAAUGGUGUACAUAAUCGAUUCGCGUCACAAUCAGAUCAUUGCAACGGAUAUUGACGGCAAGAAGUACGUUUCAUUAGCGUCGACCGGUAUGAAUCCGACCGAUAUUGUGCUCGAGCCGGAAUCGCGUAUUAUGAUUUGGUCCACAUUAGAAAAUGGUAUUUUGGUUGCGUCGCUCGAUGGUACCAAUAAGAAAAGCUUAGUCGAACGAGACGUUGGCUGGCCCAUAAGCUUGUCGAUUGACUAUCCGACUGGCCGCUUAUACUGGGCUGACUACCGUAAAGGCACUAUCGAGACGUGUCGCCUAAAUGGCAAAGACCGCAACGUCGUUCGACGUUUUUCGAAUAAGGAGAAGCCGCAGAAAAUUGACGUAUUUGAAGAUUAUCUGUACAUAAAAUUGUACGACCAAAGUAUAAUAAAAAUGAACAAAUUUGGUGUGGAUAACGGCACAUAUCUGCUGAAGGGGUAUCGUUCAUCUGAUAUCGGAAUAUUGCAUCCACUGAAACAGAAUCGCAAUAUCACAAAUCCUUGCGCAAAAGAGCCUUGCAAAAUAAAACGCGCGCUCUGCAUUCUCUCCUCCGAGGCGCGCAAUGGCUUCGCCUGUAAAUGUUCCAACGAUCUUAUCAUGGUCGACGAUGAGUGUAAGGCGCACACCGAGGUACCCGACUACUGUCCGCUGAAAUGCAAUCUGGGCACAUGCAAAGUGAUCGAUCAUGUGCCGAAAUGCAUCUGCCAGCCGCAGUUCGAGGGUGAACUUUGUGAGCACUCACGUUGUUCCGGCUACUGUCUAAACUAUGGCCUCUGUACCGUGGCACCCCAACUGCCGGGUUCCUCUGAGCCGCCACCGCUGAAAUGUAGCUGCACGCCCGGCUGGUCUGGUCCGCGUUGUGAGACCUCAGUACCAGAAUGUCAGAGUCGCUGUCAUAAUGGUGGAUCGUGCCUGAUCACAGAAGAGGGCAUGAAGUGCACCUGUCCGGAGUUGUAUGUCGGCGAGCAGUGUGAGCACUGCGUGAAUUUGACAUGCGCCAACGGUGGCAUCUGUCGCGAAACUCUGACAGGCACCACACAGUGCGAAUGUCCGGAUGGCUUUACUGGCAAACGCUGCGAGGUGAAUGUCUGCGACGGGUUCUGCAAGAAUGAGGGUNUGCGUGAAUUUGACAUGCGCCAACGGUGGCAUCUGUCGCGAAACUCUGACGGGCACCACACAGUGCGAAUGUCCGGAUGGCUUUACUGGCAAACGCUGCGAGGUGAAUGUCUGCGACGGGUUCUGCAAGAAUGAGGGAAUCUGUAGCAUUGGCACCAAGGGCGGCCCACAAUGUCAGUGUCCUGCUGGCUAUUAUGGUGAGCAAUGCGAAUCCGACUCCUGUCAGACAU